AUGAUUUUUGUCGUUCCCUCUGUUUCUUCUUCCACUGCUGGCCCGUCAACGAAUCUUUUACCUCAUCCAUCUCAUCGUCAAGAAUCCCAUUUUGUGUCCUUUAUCAAAAUGACUCGGUGCCUAAAAUUCACUGGCAAGCUUAGCCAGUCUGAUCCCCAGACCUCUCCUGUCCGAAUUAUAGGCCAGUUGAGAAAUCUCAACAAAAUCUCAUAUGAUGAUGUUAAAAUGAAACUGGAGCCAGUUGUUACAGCCGAGAUGUAUGCAACUGCUCUGGCUAGCUUGCGUCCUGCUCCCACAGAUACCUGUCCCUUAUGGCUAAAUAUGGCUUCUGUGGCUGCUCUACCCACUCAGUGUAGCCGGCAUAACACUCCAUCUCGAGCCCAUGCUCUCACUAAAUUGAUCAAAGGAUGUCUUACUGGGCGCAAAGAAUUCAUUGUUAUGGUGUGUGAGCGUAGAGAUGUGUUAGCUUCAGCAUGUGCUAUAGCCCGUGCACUGCCAGAGUACAACUGCAAAGCCAGCUGUUCUAAUAGUUUUUCUCGAUCGGUAACUGUAGAAUUUAUUCUUGUUGGGCCUGAUUGUGAGAACCCUCUGUCCAGCAGUGACCUCGAUUGCCUGCACACUAUCACAUCAGGUGUUAGGCUAUCAGCCAGGGUUGUUGAUACGCCUUGUUCUGAGAUGCACACUGAUGCAUUUGUUGAUGAAAUUGCAAAAGUUGGAGUGGAAUUAAAUAUUGUACCUGUUGUCAUUCGUGGACAAGAACUUGCAGAAAGAGGUUUUGGAGGUAUCUACAAUGUAGGUAAAGCUGCUUCCCAUCCUCCAGCAUUGGUGAUUCUCAGUCAUCGCCCAGAGGGUGCUACCUAUAACAUUUGUUGGGUAGGGAAAGGAAUUGUCUAUGACACAGGAGGAUUAUGCAUCAAAUCUAAGGCUACCAUGCUUGGCAUGAAGCGGGAUUGUGGUGGGGCUGCUGCUGUUCUUGGUGCUUUUUAUGCAACUGUUAAACUGGGUUUUAAUGAAAAUUUGCAUGCAAUAUUUUGCUUGGCUGAGAAUGCUGUGAGUCCUGAUGCCCUCCGUCCAGACGACAUCAUCAGUUUGUAUUCAGGGAGAACUGUUGAGAUUAAUAACACAGAUGCUGAAGGCAGAUUGGUUCUCAGUGAUGGAGUGGCUUAUGCACAGAAAGAUCUGAAAGCUGACAUAGUGAUAGACAUUGCCACAUUAACAGGAGCACAAGGUGUGGCCACUGGUCGUUUUCAUGCAGGGAUUGUUACUAACAAUGAAAGCUGGGAGACUGCUUGCUUAAAAGCUGGUCGUGUCAGUGGAGACCUUGUACAUGCCAUGCCCUAUACUCCCGAGCUACACUUUGGUGAAUUUUCUAGUGCUUUAGCUGAUAUGAAGAAUUCUGUAGCAGAUCGUAGCAAUGCUCAGGUGUCAUGUGCUGGUCUCUUUAUUGCUUCCAGCUUAGGCUUUGAUUUUUCGGGUGUCUGGUUGCAUAUAGACAUGGCUUUCCCAGUAUAUUCUGGUGAACGAGCAACAGGUUAUGGUGUAUCACUAUUAGCAACUUUGUUUGGUGAAGGUUCCACCAACUCUCUGCUGCAAUAUGUGGCGCCACCUUUAGUUGAAAAUCCCAUGGAUAUAGAAGAGAAUGAAGUGAAGAAAAUCCGCUUGGUAUAA